AUGAGUCCCUUCAUGAGCCAGCAGUGGGCGAAGGCAUCCAUCGCAGAAAGACUGCCGCUGGAAAGUUCGAAGGUUCAGCAGGCGAUGGCAGCACCACGUUCACUCUCGUGGACAGCGAUGCUGGGACUUCUCGAGGUUCAGAAGUCUUCAAGACAGGCAGAGGACAGGAAAACGUAUGGCAUGGUCAUGGCAGCAUGCGCCAGGCUUCAGCGCUGGCGCGCGGUUGCGCGUGUGCUGGCUGACUUGCAGGUAUCUGGCAUGAGGCUCGACGCCGUGGUAGUGGGUUCAUUGGUCGAUGCUUACAAGGAGGUUGGCAUGUGGCGCCGUGCCGCACAGGCCCUGCGGAGCUCCUCCAGUCAUGGGCUGGAGCAAAGCAUCAUCUCCCACAAUGCCCUGCUCAGUGCCAUGGGACGGUCCGCGCAGUGGCAGACAGGGAUUGUCCUGCAGGCCAGCAUGGCUCGCUCCGGCUUCCUGACCUGCGAUGUGGUAACAUACAAUGCAGCGAUCACCUCCUGCAUGAACGGCCGCCCAGCUGUGACAUUCUGGCCGAUUGGCCAUGAAACUCCACUGCUUGGUCUGCUGAGUCAGGCAAGCAAGCACACCGGGCUCUACGCAUUCUGCCCGAGAUGA